CAGCAGUCCUGGCCCAAGUAGCCUAGGGACUGGACAGCAAGAGGGGACAGAGGGACUGGCCCGGAGGACAGAAGGUGCCUCCUGCCAAAAUGCCCAUCCUCAAGAGUGGAGGAGUGGCAGACCCUAAGAUGCCCCGGGCAGGGACCCUGCCCCUUCGAUCCUCUCGUAACCCCUUCGAUGAAGUCCCGGGACUGGAAGAAGAGCCCGGGGGGCUGGGGACCCUGCCCAACGGGACAUCCUGUCGCCGCCGCGCCACCCUGGACAAGCUGGCAGGCUUGUCCCCUUUCCGGCUGGGCUGGCCCACGGGCCGGCGGGCGGGCAGCCCAGGAGAUGGGCAACCUCGCUCUUUCUUGGGCCGUGUGCUGCCCCCCGGCAUCCGAAGGAGUUCGGCAGAUUUCGGCCUCCUGACCCGGCUUCAGGGGCUCCGGGCCCAAGGGGGUGACGAGGAAGCGGCUCGCAGACUGGCCUUCCUGCGCCUGGGGCGUGGCUCCAAGCCGCGGCGGGCAUCCCUGGCCGAGAGGGUGGUACCUGCCGGAGAGGCAGCCCCUGAACCCCCACCGAAGAUUCCAGAGCCCCCAAAGAUUAAGCAGCCCUUGUCAGUCCUGGAGAUCCUGAGCCUGAUUCAGAGGCGCGAGCUGGCGCGGGCGGACGAGCACAUCUUGGAGCUGGAGGCCGAGGAGCUGGCGGCGUCGGGGGGCGUCUCCCCGGGGGCCCCGCAGAGCGAAGGGGGUCGCCGGGCGCGGGACGUGGCGCUGCUGUACGAGGCUCUGCAGCGCGAGCUGUGGGCGCUGGUUCGCGAGACGCUGGCGGGCCCGGGUCCGGGCGCGGGCGCCGGGGCGAGCGCGGUGGCGCAGCUGGCGCAGGUGCUGGUGCAGGAGGAGGCGGCCGACGGGCGCCGGGGUCCCGGGGCGGCCCGCAGGCUGCGCGCGCGCUGGGCGGACGCGGUGGCCCGCGCGGCCCGGGAGCGUCUGGAGGCGGCGGCGCCCGGGGCCCCCGGGGGUCUGGCCGGGCAGCUGGAGGCGCUGAGGGCGCGCCUGCUGGAGGACAUGGCCGCGGUGCGGGGUCGCCUGGCGCCCGCCUACCCCGCCGGCCUGGGCGCCUUCGGCGUCUACCUGCGAGGCUACCACGGAGCGCUGGCCGACUGGCUGGGGGCCGCGGCGCGCAGGAGGCUGCCCCUGGCCGACCGCUAUGCCCUGCUGCACUGGCACAAUCAGGUGUACCCCAGAGAAGUCCUAGGCCUGGUGGAUAUGGUUGCCCUGGAGAACGGGGAGCUGGGGCCGCUUCUGUCCCCGGGAACACUACGGGGUUUGGAAGAUGAAUGUGUCACAGAUGUCAAGGCCCAGACGCGCGCGGCGCUCCUGCGCGCGCUGCAGGAGGACGCGGAGCGGUGGCCCUGCGCGGAGGACGCGCCCAGCAGCCUGGCCCAGGAUGUGUGCGAGCUGCUGGAAGAGCACACAGAGAAAGCACCCCGCAUCAGUCAGGAGUUUGGGGAGCGGAUGGCGCACUGCUGCCUCGGGGGACUGGCCGAGUUCCUGCAGAGCUUCCAGCAGCGCGUGGAACGAUUCCAUGAGAACCCUGUAAUACGAGAACUGCCACCCGACACGUACAUCAGCAAGACUAUCGCUCUGGUAAACUGUGGGCCCCCCUUGAGGGCUCUGGCUGAGCGCAUGGCCAGGGUGGGGCCCCCCGAGAGUGAGCCUGCGCGAGAAGCCUCAGCUAGUGCUCUGGACCGUGUGACCCGGCUCUGCCAUCGAGUCCUGGCUGACCUACUGUUCCAGGAGCUGCAGCCGCACUUCAAGAAGCUGAUGCGCAGGAAGUGGCUGACCAGCACGGAGGCCCUGGAUGGCAUCGUGGGCACCCUGGGAGCCCAGGCCCUAGCACUGCGUCGGAUGCAGGAUGAACCCUACCAGGCGCUGGUGGCCGAGCUGCACCGGCGGGCGCUGGUGGAGUACGUGCGGCCGCUGCUCCGCGGGCGUCUGCGCUGCCGCUCGGCCAGGACCCGCAGCCGCGUGGCCGGGAGGCUCCGCGAGGACGCGGCGCAGCUGCAGCGGCUCUUCCGGAGGCUGGAGUCCCAGGCCUCGUGGCUGGACGCGGUGGUGCCACAUUUGGCUGAAGUCCUGCAGCUGGAAGACACCCCGAGUAUCCAGGUGGAGGUGGGGGUGCUGGUGCGCGACUACCCGGACAUCAGGCAGAAACACGUGGCCGCCCUCCUUGAUGUCCGAGGCCUUCACAACGCAGCUGCUCGCCAGGAGAUCUUGGCAGUGGCCCGGGACCUGGAGCUGUCAGAGAGCUGCGCCCUGUCGCCCCCUCGGGACUGUGCCUUCUUCACCGACAUCCCUGUGCCCCGCGCAUCCUUCUGCCUCAGUCUCCCUCUCUUCCUGGGCCGCCUCCCCGUCUCCAGGCUGGCCUGCCUGCCCCUGCGCCCCCGGCCCCCCUCCAGGGCAAGGCCCCAGGCUCAGCGCUGAGGCUCGGGCUGCCUCCCACCGUGCUGCUGAGAGAUCGCCGUUCUCCGAGGUCCCCCUGACAUGGGAGCAAGCUUACUAGUCCUGUCCUGCCCCCGAGUUUCCCUUCCAGAAGGGAGACAGAGGCCAGAGCAAGAGAAGCUCUUCCCAGCACCCCUUUCCCCCCACGUCCCCUUCCAUAGGCCAGCAUGGCCAGUGGUGUUCUGGAAGGCUCUAGACUACACAAAUAUCUCAGCUCCACCCCUCUCCCCCUCACCUCAAGGUCUGGCCCAAAUCCAAUGUAUUAAGGAAUGUUCGAUACUUGGAAUAAAGAGGUUUCUAUUUAACACUA